GAAGAACACUGAUGAGGUCCGGCACUUCAUUAGAAUGCUGUUCCGAACCUUGCAACACACAAUAGUAGCUCUUACCUCUGAUGGCUUGGGUCCUGGGAGGAAAAUAAAAAAGGAGGGAGAUUGAAAAGUCCAAACCACUGUAAGUUGACCGACCUUGGCUCCGCCGCAACCCCCGCUACUAGGAGCUUCUACUUUUGCAGCUGCAGCUGCACACAAACAUUAUGCUAACCAGUGGCAAGAGUUCAUCCAAACCAGGAAGAGAACUCCCUAAAAUGGAAAAAGAUAAAUGUAUUCCUUGCAUUCUUUAUGCUGUGGAUUCUCCAUGCAGUUUAUAUGGUUUAAUGGACGCAUUGAGACGUUCACCGUGUGGCUGUCGUAUGUCAUUAAAUGGAAUGGUACAGUCCUGUUAGUCAUCUUCACUAUUGUCAUUCCCCGAGGCCUCUGGUGAACAAUGGUUGCACAUUCCACAGCGCACUCCCGAGCUAUCCGAUGAAUUUCAACUGUAUAUGUGGCCGGCAGUGACCACAGGGGGGGUUAUAAUAUAUAUAUAUAAAUACAUGAAAUACAAUCUCGCCACAUCAAACUCCCUCAGUUUUCAAUUUGUUUGGAAUGAGUAAUAGCGCUGGUGUAGAGCAGAGUGCGGCGUUGGUCUGUGCAAAUCAGAACAACAAAUAGGGACAGACAAGUGGCAGCCAUCCGUAAAAAAGUUGCUGCAUGUUACGCUCUUGUCGAGAGUGCAACGUACUGGUGUCUACUUUUAAACUCCUUGUACUCUGCUGCUUCGGAUAAGCGAGCUUUUACUUCCGUAGUAGUACAUAUUGUAUGAGUGACCUUUUUUUUCAGCUCCCGAUGAGUGUGCUUUUGGAAAGGUCUGAAAAAUGACUGCGGUUACUGGAAUUCCAUUCAUUCAUUCAUUUUCUACCGCUUUUUCCUCACGAGGGUCGCGGGGGUGCUGGAGCCUAUCCCAGCUGUCUUUGGGCGAGAGGCAGGGUACACCCUGGACUGGUGGCCAGCCAAUCACAGGGCACAUAUAGACAAACAACCAUUCACACUCACAUUCACACCUAUGGACAAUUUGAAGGCGCCAAUUAACCUAGCAUGUUUUUGGAAUGUGGGAGGAAACCGGAGUACCCGGAGAAAACCCACACAUGCACGGGGAGAACAUGCAAACUCCACACAGAGAUGGCCGAGGGUGGGAUUGAACCCUGGUCUCCUAACUGUGAGGUCUGCGCGCUAACCACUAGACCGCCGUGCCGCCCUACUGGAAUUCCAGUACAGCAAAAAUUAAGAUUAAGAUUAAGAUUAAGAUAUUCCUUUAUUCGUCCCUCAGUGGGGAAAUUUGUAUUGCACAGCAGCAAGAGUACAGAAUCAGUUAAGCAGUACAAAAUACACAAUAUAGAAAAAUAAACAAUAUAAACAACUCAAGUAUUAACAAAAUCAACAGUUUUUCCCAGAGUUAUAUACAAAUACAGUAUGUAGAUAAUAUGAAACGAGAUGAAAUAUAUGACCAGUCUAUACACUGAGAUUUUGUUAGAGAGUUAAUAUGAGGCAUUAUGGAAAUACUUCACAUAGAACUUAGAACUUAUAUUGCAUUUAGAGCCCUUAAUAUUGCACAUGGAGAUUGAUCAGAUAUUGCACAGUGAAUGGGAGUAAUCUGGAGUAACUAUACUUAGUAUAAAAACAAGUAUUGCACAAAUGUACAUAGUGGUGUAGAAGUCUAUUGGGAGCAGUGCUGGUUGUACAGCCUGACAGCUGCAGGAAGAAAGGAAGAAAAUACUUCUAAUACUGAUAUUGUACUGUGUGACAAAGAUUAUGUGAAAGAUGUACAAUACUGAAGUAAUAAUACAUUAUAAGUUAAAUGUAAUAAAAUGUCAAAAGUUGUUGAUUUAUCACCAAUAGUAUGGCGUAUAGUCUGGGCAUUGUUUGAACCUUAGCGAUUAAUUGAGAAUCUGAGAUUUGUGCUUUUGAGGUAGUCAGUAACUUUAGGUAAAAAGUACAUGAAGUGAAUCCCUUGAAGUUCUCAGAGUUAACAAACAAGUCCUUUGAAACAGACCUCAGACCAGACUAGUUUCUAAAUGACUUCCAUCAGAAUCUGGUACAGUUACGGGAGUACUUUGUGUCUUCUGAAUUCAAAAAGUGUCUGUGACGUUCUAAGAAAGUUCCGAUGAAGAAGUGGCCAGCUGCAGGCCUCUGUUGUUUAGGCCACAAUAGAACACUCUCAACCUUUUUUUGCGGUCUCAAGCAUCUGCAUUCUGUAGUCCAGACGUGAAUAAUCAUUUGAGUCGAUCCCAGCACUUCUGUUUCAGACUAUGACCUUGCUUGAAUGUCAAACAUAUCCAUCGUUCAACCAUACUUUUUUUUUUUCAGGAACACAGAUUGAUGGUUGUUUAAUAGCAGGUCAACUAUGAACACUCACUGUUCUGUGCAAAAAAUAUUUUACCAUCACAAGAUGGACAACAAAGUUGAUUGAUGCUUAUUUUUGGGAAGACAAAUAAUUCCUACUUUCAACUAGCGAAACCUGUAUUAAAAAAAGGACCUUCUUUGGAAAAAUUGGAAGGACCUCGGAUGACUCUGGUUUAAGUCUGCAUAUUCAUUUCAUACCAAAUUUAAGGAAAAUGUUAUAUGACUUGAAUCUUUCCAUGGUGUCCCAACUCUAUAAUAACCACUAACCUCUUGUUAGUAGUGUCCCAAAUACAAAAGCACACUCACUCAACUAAUGUAAAUAGUUGUCAUUGGGGUUCGAACAUUGCUCCCUUGCUCUAUCACAUUUUUUCACAAAUUAAUUAUUUAAUAAAUAACUGCUUUUUCCUUGUUGACUUAUUAUUAUGCCUAUUAUUAGUAAAAAAAUGUAGAUGUCGUACUGUGGUCACUAGGAUUCAGUAAUGUUACACUGAUUAGACAUUACAUUAGAUUACAGCACAUUAACGUUGCAUGGAGGCAGCCAUCACAUGUCUGAAAUGAUAGAGUGAAAAAAAAAGUUAUCCUCUCAUUUUGUGUGGAAGUGGUAGUUUUUUGGCUUCUUACUUUGUCUUUCUUCUCAAGUAAAUCUGAGUUUAGAUGGUUAGAUGGUUUUUACUUUGUCUUUCUUCUCAAGUACAUCUGAGUUUAGAUGGUUUGGGUUUCCUGUGUAGAUGUAGUACUGUGGUCACUAGGAUUCAGUAAUGUUACACUGAUUAGACAUUACAUUAGAUUACUGCACAUUGACACUACAUGGAACCAGCCAUCACAUGUCUGAAAUGAUAGAGUGAAAAAAAAAUAAGUUAUCCUCUCAUUUUGUGUGGAAGUGGUAGUUUUUUGGCUUCUUACUUUGUCUUUCUUCUCAAGUAAAUCUGAGUUUAGAUGGUUAGAUGGUUCUUACUUUGUCUUUCUUCGCAAGUACAUCUGAGUUUAGAUGGUUUAGGUUUCCUGUGUAGAUGUCGUACUGUGGUCACUAGGAUUCAGUAAUGUUACACUGAUUAGACAUUACAUUAGAUUACUGCACAUUGACACUACAUGGAGCCAGCCAUCACAUGUCUGAAAUGAUAGAGUGAAAAAAAAAAGUUAUCCUCUCAUUUUGUGUGGAAGUGGUAGUUUUUUGGCUUCUUACUUUGUCUUUCUUCUCAAGUAAAUCUGACUUUAGAUGGUUCUUACUUUGUCUUUCUUCUCAAGUACAUCUAUAGGGGUGUUGUUUUAUGUCUAGAGGGCUCUAGUCAUGGUACAAACUUAAAAAAAAAAGAUUUCUAUGCUCUAUAUAAAAAAAACAAACAAAAAAAACACAUUAGUUAGGAAACCUGGAAGUCGAGGUACCACUAUAAUUCAUUUCAGUAUGAAUUUAGUUUUGCUUGAGAUUUAUUACUUAUGAAUUGUGUAAAUAUGUAUGCUCUGUGCAAGCUUGCCUGCGUAUUCUGUAUUAAGUGUAGAACAAUUCAAAGCAGGCUCUCUGCAAUAUGUUUAUCGCAGCACGGACUGCAAGUUGGAUAUUAUAUCACAGGGAAAGCCUUCAAAGGAAAAGCUAUUUUGUCCCUUGCCACAUUGUGAUGUGGAAAUUACCAUGGUCCCGUGUACUGAGAGUGAUCUGGAACAACAGUGCCUUCCACAAAGCACAAUCUGAAGCUUCCAGGCAGCGGGACUGGCAUAAUGUCUACAGCCCUCUGACUCGAGAGCUUCACUGCCACAAGCUUGUACUCAAUGACUCUUCUGUCUUCUGUUCACCGAGCUAAUUAACUUUCCUUCUUAAUUCUUACUGCUUUUUCUACUCCUACUUGUGUCCAGUCUACAGUCUGAAAGAGCAGAGUCCCAGCAACGCCACUUCUCUGGCCAUGAUGCAGGAGCCACAGGAAGUGGUGGAGGAGACGGUCACCAUCGAGGAGGAUCCUGGGACCCCGACUUCUCAUGUUUCUGUUGUCACCUCUGAUGAUGGGACCACACGGCGCACAGAAACUAAGGUGACCAAAAUGGUAAAGACCGUGACCACACGAACAGUACGCCAGGUUCCUCUUGGUCCUGAUGGCUUACCCAUGCCCGAGGGUUCGUCCCCAUUGGGAAGUUACACCGACUCCAUUGACCGGCGCUACAUGAAGAACGGUGGCGAUCGCUUCAUUACUCCUCAAGCUUCAUCCACCCUUACCCGUUCCUACAACAACUCCUACAAUGAUUCCUAUGUUGAAACGCCCGAGAGUCAGUACAUCCGCCACUAUGGUCUGCAUGACGGCUACACUGACUUGACAGACAACUACGGCAGCCUGUCACGAGGCAUCAACUUUCGGCCACCUCGCUACCCCUACAUGCCCAACAGCUACCGGCCAGAGAACAGUUAUACACUGCCAAUUCGUAAGGAUGACUAUGGUCACGUGGCCCAACCCCAGGUGCCCAUGGGGAGCAGCACUGUGGACCUGAAUCGCUCGCAGCCGGAGCGCUUUCAGCCCGAACCAUAUGGUCUGGAAGAUGAUCGGCGUAGCUUUGGCCCAGAGGAUGAGGAGCCAUAUGAGCUUGAGCCUGACUAUUCUACUGCUAACCGACGCACACUAAAAGCACCCAACCGGGGUCGCACCCACCGGGAACCUCUUCGUGAUGUGCCCAGAGUCAGAGGCUACCCAGACGAACCCAUUGACACAGAACUGAUAGAUGAACGUCACCCUUACAUCCACGGCAUGUAUUCGGCACCAUUAGCCCAGCCAGAGCGAGGGAGCAUGGCCAGUUUGGACCGCAUGGGCGGCCGGCGCUCACCCUCGAUUGACAGCAUCCGUAAGGAUCCACGUUGGCGUGACCCAGACCUUCCGGAAGUCAUUGCCAUGUUGGGCCAUCCCAUCGACCCCGUCAAGUCCAACGCUGCAGCAUAUUUACAGCACCUGUGCUAUGAAAACGAUAAAAUCAAGAAGGAUGUCCGUCAACUGAAGGGAAUUCCUGUCCUGGUGGGACUCUUGGACCAUCCCAAGUCUGAGGUCCAUCGCAAGGCUUGCGGUGCCCUACGCAACAUCUCAUACGGCAAGGACAAUGACAAUAAGGUGGCGAUUAAAAACUGUGACGGAAUCCCUGCCCUCAUCCGACUCCUGAGGAAGACGAAUGACAUGGAGGUUCGAGAGCUCAUCACCGGAACUCUUUGGAACCUGUCCUCCUAUGAACCCUUGAAGAUGGUGAUCAUCAACCACGGCCUGCAAACUAUGACCAACGAGGUCAUCAUCCCACACUCUGGUUGGGAGCACGAACCAAAUGAGGACUCAAAGCCACGAGACGCAGAGUGGACCACAGUCUUCAAGAACACAUCUGGGUGCCUAAGAAAUGUAAGCUCUGACGGGGCGGAGGCUCGACGCAGACUGAGGGAGUGUGACGGACUGGUGGACGCUCUGCUCCAUGCCCUUCAAUCAGCUGUAGGGAAGAAAGAUAUGGACAAUAAGUCUGUGGAGAACUGUGUCUGCAUCAUGAGGAACCUGUCUUAUCAUGUCCACAAAGAAGUGCCGGGGGCCGAAAGGUUCCAAGACCCAUCAGCGCCGCAGGCCCCGGGCUCUGCAGGGCCACAUAGGAAGAAGAAGGACGAUGCUGGUUGCUUUGGAAGCAAGAAGGCCAAAGAGGAAUGGUUUAAUCAAGGUAGAAAAAAUGGUGAGAAUGACAAAAACUAUGACACAUUGGAUCUUCCCAAGCGUACUGAGCCAUCAAAAGGUUUUGAGCUGCUGUAUCAGCCAGAGGUAGUGAGACUCUACCUGUCUUUGCUGACAGAGAGUCAAAACUACAACACCCUAGAGGCCGCUGCUGGAGCUCUGCAGAACCUUGGUGCCGGACAGUGGACUUGGUCUAACUACAUCCGCGCCACCGUGCGUAAGGAGAAAGGGCUCCCCAUCCUGGUGGAGCUGUUGCGAUCCGACUCCGACAAGGUGGUCCGAGCUGUGGCCAUCGCCCUUCGCAACCUCUCCAUUGAUCGUCGCAACAAGGACUUAAUUGGAAGCUACGCCAUGCGGGACUUGGUCAGUAACUUGCCCAGUGGACAGCAGCGACCAGCCAAGAACUUGGAAGAGGACACCGUGGUCGCCAUCCUCAACACCAUCCAUGAGAUUGUCACAGACAGCUCCGAAAACGCUCGCUCUCUCAUCCAGGCGCAAGCCAUCGAGAAGCUGGUGGCCAUCAACAGGACCAGCCAGUCGCCCAGAGAAACGAAGACAGCAUCCCAUGUGCUGCAGACUGUGUGGAGUUAUAAGGAUCUAAGGAACGCCUUGACAAAAGAUGGCUGGAACAAGAGUCAUUUCCAGCCCACAGUGACGGCAACGCCUAAAGGAACCAAGAAUGGCAAGCCGGGUUACGAUGACACGACACUGCCACUGAUGGAGAAGAACCAAGGUCCACCUCAACAUACUUGGAUCUAUUUGGCAGAAAGAGAUGGUUACUCCACCAUUGACCAGAGGGACAAAGACUGCAAAUACAAGACAGGGGACAGUUCAGUGGACCUGACAGAACGGGAGCCAUUAAAGAAUGACACAAGUAAGAAACACUAUAUCAGAAGUAACAGGCCUGCGGUCAGUCUGGUGGACGCUUGUGAUGUUAAGCCCCAGCCUGUUGAUUCCUGGGUCUAAAUGCAUGCAUGGCUUAAAGCAGCGACAGCGUGACACAACAGGAGGAUCUCUCACAUUACCACUGCCAUUUCAUACAGAGCUCAUGUUGGGAGCUGAACUUUGUACAGAUAGAAGAUUUUAAAAAUAAUACAGAUGAUCACAACAGCGACCAGCAUAAAAAAAAGAAAAAAAUAUAUAUAUGAAGUGACUAUUCCUACUGCUUUUACAUUUCUACAUUCCCACUGGACAGCGUGUGAAUUCUACAGUUUGGAGCGCCACAGUACCGGUGACAUGAAGGCACCCUGGGGGGGAUGGUUGUGACAAAGUAAGGUGGGGGACGUGAAUGGGAGAACGGAAUGUGUAGUGAAAAGGAAAGAAUGCCAAGAAGGAAUAAUUCAGCUAUUUCAAUUUGUUGUGUAGCUUUGUGUGAUUUUUGGGAAGGGGAUUGGAUUGGCGUGUUUGAAAGUCGCUGGAUGUCAGAUGGGGGAGGGGUGCUAAAGAAAAGGGAGGAGCUUUAGCAGAGUAGAUAAACAUGGACACUCAAGUCAAGGCUGAAUUAUACUACGGCGCCCUCAUCUUUAUAUACUAGCUCCUUGGUGUGAGCUGCAAUUCCGUACCAAAACUCUAGUGGGCAGUGUUUAGUAGUGGAGCAACAUCCACGCUAGAGCCUCGCUUUACACAGGAGUUCAAUUCCAGAAAAUCAUAGGCAUGGCACAUGGCAUUGACCCGAGUUAUGUGUUUAACACUUUUUAAAGUAUAAAAUGUAUUUUGUAUUUAUUAGUGAUGAAUGGGGCUGCACGGUGGACGAGUGGUUGGCGUGCAAGCCACACAGCUAGGAGACCCAGGUUCAAUUACCCGCUCGACUUUGCAUGUUCAUGGUUUUCUACGGGUACUCCGGUUUCCUCCCACAUUCCAAAAACAUUAAACGGUAAAUGUUUAAUUUUCGAGCUGCACGGUGUUCGAGUGGUUAGCGCGCUGGCAACACAGCUUGGAGACCCAGGUUCAAUUCCUAAAUUAAGUAUGUCAAACCAUAAAAAUGACUAAAUUAACUGAAAUACAAGUCAUUUAGAAUAUGCAUUUAAAGACAUUAGGUUGAUAUGUAAUAUUUUACAUUGGUCACUAUGUUUCAAUAUUGUUGUUGUAAUGUUAGCUAUGACACACAAGCACCAGACUGAUGAUUUUUGGAACAACGGCUUUUGUAGCAGGUUUGAAUUGAACGGUAAAUGUUUAAUUUUCGGGCUGCACGGUGGACGAGUGGUUAGCGCACAGGCCUCACAGCUAGGAGACCCAGGUCCAAUUCCUAAAUUAAGUAUGUCAAACCAUAAAAAUGACUAAAUGAACUGAAAUACAAGUCAUUUAGAAUAUGCAUUUAAAGACGUGGGGUUGAUAUGUAAUAUUUUACAUUGGUCACUAUGUUUCAAUAUUGUUGCUGUAAUGUUAGCUGAGACACACAAGCACCAGACUGAUGAUUGUCGGAACAACAGCUUUUGUAGCAGGUUCGAAUUGAACGGUAAAUGUUUAAUUUUCGGGCUGCACGGUGGACGAGUGGUUAGCGCGCAGGCCUCACUGCUAGGAGACCCGGGUCCAAUUCCUAAAUUAAGUAUGUCAACCCAUAAAAAUGACUAAAUUAACUGAAAUACAAGUCAUUUAGAAAAUGCAUUUUUAAGACGUUGGGUUGAUAUGUAAUAUUUUACAUUGGUCACUAUGUUUCAAUAUUAUUGCUGUAAUGUUAGCUGAGACACACAAGCACCAGACUGAUGAUCGUCGGAACAACGGCUUUUGUAGCAGGUUUGAAUUGAACGGUAAAUGUUUAAUUUUCGGGCUGCACGGUGCACGAGUGGUUAGCGCGCAGGCCUCACAGCCAGGAGACCCGGGUCCAAUUCCUAGAUUAAGUAUGUCAAACCAUAAAAAUGACUAAAUGAACAGAAAUACAAGUCAUUUAGAAAAUGCAUUUAAAGAUGUGGGGUUGAUAUGUAAUAUUUUACAUUGGUCACUAUGUUUCAAUAUUGUUGCUGUAAUGUUAGCUAUGACACACAAGCACCAGACUGAUGAUUGUCGGAACAACGGCUUUUGUAGCAGGUUUGAAUUGAACGGUAAAUGUUUAAUUUUCGGGCUGCACGGUAGUCGAGUGGUUAGCGCACAGGCCUCACAGCUAGGAGACCCGGGUCCAAUUCCUAAAUUAAGUAUGUCAAACCAUAAAAAUGACUAAAUGAACUGAAAUACAAGUCAUUUAGAAGAUGCAUUUAAAGGCAUUGGGUUGAUAUGCAAUAUUUUACUAUGUUUCAAUAUUGUUGCUGUAAUGUUAGCUACGACACACAAGCACCAGACUGAUGAUUACCGGAACAACAGGCUUUUGUAGCAGGUUUGAAUUAUCUCACAAAAGGCACAAUAAUCCCUAACACAGACUAUUAUUGCGGCUGUAACUCACACCACACUAAAAUUCAACUCUGAACCCCUGAUGUCACUUCCUGUCUACUCAACUCCCCUCGACAAACACAAGCAUGAGUCUUAUGUAUGUCUUAACUGGCUUAUUUUAUGUUAUUUUAGCUACUAUAUCGGGUAAUAUGAGUGGAAAUGUGAAUAUAGGGGUGCUAUUUUAUGUCUAGAGGGCUCUAAUAAUGUUAACAACCACAUUUAAACGGUCCUGAACAGGUUUUCUAUGCUCUAACUACAAAAGUAUUCAAUUUAUAAAUAACGACUCCCACUUCGCAGAAAUCAUAUCAAGCGUAGCAUAAUUCAGCCUUUUCUUUUCAUUUUCUUCACUAUUUAAAAAAAAAGUGCACUGACAUGCUUUGGAAUCAUUGGUUGAUUGUAUAACGGGAGGAUUCUGCAGGUUGUGCUCUGAGCAAAAGAAAGUGACGGCAAGACACAACAAAGACGUUUAAAUGAAACGACAACACAAGAAAUGAGUAUCACAUGACAACACACUUGCUGGGCUUUUCUGAUUUGUGACUCUUUGUCAGUGAUGUGUAUUAAACAAAUAUAAAGAUAUGUCUUUUGGCAAGGAAUAUGGUCAUUUUGGUCAAAAAUAGAACUAAACUGUUUUUUUUAUGUUGGUCAACUUUUACAUUAAUGUAUGUUAUGGUAAAAAAAAAGACAUCAAUGAAUACCUUAUUAUUUGGAUAAACAUCAUGCUCAUUAAUAACAUACAUGUGUCACAUAUAGUCAAUUUUUGCAGAUCAUCACGUAUUUAUAUUUUGAAUGUGUUGUUUCCAAGGGCAAAGAAAGAAAUGAAACUGAUGAUUAUUUUUCUUCUCACUUAAGAGAAAUGCAUGACAAAAAACAGUGUACAGAUGUCCAUAUUCUUUUCAAGUGCCAGUUUUUUUUUUUGUUUCUGUGGUUUCACCCUAUUAUUGACAUGCAGCAAGAUACAAUCCAAAUGGAUGUGAAUGGUUUGACGCAUAAUGAAGGAUCACACUGUAAAAAAAAAAAAAAAUCAAGUAUGAAAAGGUCAUAUAGUAUAUAUUUUUGCAAAGUUUCAGGGUUGGUCAGUUAGACUUUGGAAAGACAGCGUGAAAUGGAAUCAUAUUGCAUCAUAUUUUUCCACACACAACUUUGAUGGUCGUUUCAACAGUCUAGUUGCCCAUAAAACGGAGACGGAAAAUUUUUGUAUCACUUGUACGUCAUCCUGGCGAAUGGCAUGUGCCUGCAUUGACGUUUUUUCUUUGUGACGUGAUUUUAUAAGAGCUUGCAUAUUUUACACAGUGUUUACAAAGGUGUGUGCUAUGGUAAAACUUAAUAAACUAUAAAAAAAAAUCAAAUAAAACAACCUGUAUCAAUAAGUCCAGAGUUAAAAAAUAUAACACCCAACGUCCCUUUUGUUGAUCCUCAGAAGUGUGUGUUUUCAUCUUAAAAAAUACAUGUGACUGUGGCUGUUCUUGACUGCCUCUGCAGCACCAAAGCAACCAAAGGCGUCGUAUUAAUUAACAUGAACUGAAGCGUGUAUUGGUUGUGUGAUGGUGUGCAUUUAUGAAAUGAAGCGCUGGUAAACAAACAGGAACGCGGACACACAACAUGGAAUCAAGCCUACCAGUCGGUGUAGAUAUAACUGAUUCAACUUUGUCAAAAUAAAAGUCAGUGUACUUCUCAGUAGCAAGAUGUGUUUGUACCUAUCAUGUGCCUUAAUCUUUUCCAUGCUAGAUAAAGAUGUGUGUUUUUGUAUAACCUUAUUCCUGCCCGCUCUUGUACGGUGAGGGAGAUGUUUUUUUUUUGAUCCCCUGCUGAUUUUAUAGGUUUAUUCAUAAAUAAAUUUGCAUUUGAUUGAGAGAAAUAAAACAUAAAACCUGGUUAGCUCUAAUAAUUUUGGGGCUGUUGCUUGGCAUCCAUUCCCUCUAAAUCCCUGUAACCUCGGUCAUAUGUUUUGGGUUCAUGGUCAUUCACGAUCCAUGAUCAGCAGAGGAUCAAAUAGUUAUUUCCUCCACUGUAUCACAAAGUUAUCAUCCAUGCAAUGCCCCCCCCCCCCCCCCACACACACACACCUUCCCCCAAUUUGUAGUUUAGACUGUGGGUUUCUGCCUUGUAAAGCAUUGUAUUUUAAAGUUUUACAAAUGUUAGGGUCAAAUCAAAAAUGGUUUUAAUUUCCCUAGAGGAGUGAACUUGUUCAUGCUUUAGUAGCGAAGCAGAAGCGAUGCCACAGUGACAGAAUGUAUGACUUUAAUCUGACUAAUACCCCAGAUGCAGAUAUUACACUUGUUAAACAUAACACAAACAUGCUGGUUUGUAGAGUAAGUAUACAUUUGGUGUGUUUU